CUGCCCGGCUGUCUCUGCAAAUCUAUAAAUGAGUCUCUCUCAAACUUCACCGUCUCCAGCGAGAGAGAGAGAGAGCCUUUUCAUCUACUUUCGGAUGUUUUUUGGGUUCCCAAACCCAAGCAAUCCCUUUAUAGUACUCACCCCGCUGGAUCUUUCCAAUUUCCCGCUAAUAUUUUGAUUUUCCUCCCAAUCCAGAUUCCUUUCCCCUUUCGAGCAACGGGGUGUCCAUUUCUUCCCGUUUCUUGGAAACUUUCUUGGAAAAUCUUCCGACCCAGAAAUCACAGCAAAGGACAAAUGUUGUCUUUGGAGGCUUCCCGCACGGGCAGACAGUUCCAGCGAUACGACGAAGGCUGCCGCCAAGUCGUAGGAUGCAUACCCUACAGAUACAAGAAAGGCAACCAAUAUAUUGAAGAUCUAGAAGUUCUUCUAAUCAGCUCCCAAAAGGGCCAAUCCUUUUUCUUCCCAAAGGGAGGUUGGGAAAUUGAUGAGUCGAUGGAAGAGGCUGCUUCUCGAGAGACCCAAGAAGAAGCUGGUGUUAUCGGCUUUGUUGAGUGUCAAUUGGGUAAAUGGAGAUUUCAGAGCAAAAGCCAAAACACAAUUCACGAGGGAUACAUGUUCCCCAUGCGAGUUACUAAGGAAUUAGAUUCAUGGCCUGAGAAAAAUGUUCGCCAGAGAAUUUGGAUGAGUGUGGAUGAAGCUAGAGAAGUAUGCGCACAUCCAUGGAUGAAGAAGGCUCUGGAUGAAUUCGUUCGUCGACUAGUUCUGCAGCAACAAAAGGAGGAGGAAAACCAGACAAGCUGCGCCAUUCAGUUCUUUAGGACGGAGGAACAGAGAAUUGUAGGCAUUGGAGCUCAGAAUGGAGAGGAAGAAGUUGGACUGUUGCCCUGUUAAUCAGAUUCAUCAUCCACGUCCUUCCAACUCCAAGAUGAGCCGCAGAAGAUUAGAAGUAGCAGCAGUUAGAGAGAAGAAGACGAUGGUGUACAAUUUACAACCACCCCUCAAUUCUUUGAUUCAUCAUACAGAUGUUUUUCUUUUUCAUUUCUUUUCUUUGGUCUUCCUUUUCCUCCCCUCUUAACGACGCAUGAUGUUCUUGAGCUUGUAAUAUCAUGGCAACUGGGACGUUGUGUGAACAUUAAUCUUCAAUCCAAUUCUUUCAUUCAUACA